AUGAGGGCGAUUUUGUUGCUCCUCGGGAUUUCAAGAGCAUUGGUGCUAGAAGACGAUUUAUCGAUCGAAUGGGCAGUGGAAGAUGAGACGUUCAGAAUUCAUGUUCAAAUCAAAGAUAACGCAAAAUAUCCGUUUGGGAUUGGAAUAAACAAGCGCGAGGAUGGUAUCAGCAAAGAUUCUGAGUUACUUUGGUUCACAAAUGAUGAUUUCAGCCAAAAAUAUUUAUCUGAAGAUGGAGAACUGCUUUCAACAGAACAAACUGCCUGGACUGUCAACGAGCUUUCGGAUAGUAAAAUGUACAUUAUUGAGCGACCAGCUUGCGCAAAAACUGACGACUUUGAAUAUGUCACCAUUGAUUCCAAAACCCUAACACUCCUAUGGUCAGCACCAGGCCAAGAACUAACUCGUGACAGCUGGAAUUCAAAGCUCAUUCACUUCCAAGAAUAUGGAAAUCCACCAAAAGCUGGCUGCGACCCAUCGAAAGAGGAGUUUUGCGAAGAUUAUACAGUGAAAGCUACGUUAACGGCUGAGCGAACACAGUACUGGUGUAAGCUCGUAGAACUGCCAACUGAACCGUCUCAAAUGGUUGGAUUUGAACUUAUUGCUGAGAAAAGCGAAAAAUACCUUCAUCAUGCUCUUCUUUACGGUUGCUCAGGAAUCCCCGAUGGCGAUAUCAACUUUGAUGAAGAAUUCGUCUGCGGUGAUUACACAAUGAUACAUUUAAUGAAGUGUUUCCAUGCUGUUGCCAUCGCUGCCGUCGGCUCGACUUCCUUUGACUACCCCGCUGAAGCUGGUUUCCCACUCGGACCCGGCGAGAUGCAAUUUGCCAUUUUGGAGGUUCACUAUGACAAUCCUUUUGGCGACAGCGGAAUAGAAAUGACUUCUGGUUUGCAAUUGAAAAUGACCACGAAUCUGCGAGAGCAAGAAGCGGGCCAUAUCUCCGUCGGCGCAACCUGGAUGUUUUACCUGCCUCCAAACACUGCCAGCUUUAACUUGAGAGGGACAUGCCCUCAUCAAUGUAUUGAAGCACUUACAGAAGAGGACUAUGAAAUGAAUAUCUUUGCACAUUCCAGCCACUCUCAUGCAUACGCUCGAUCAAUGACGCUGUCACAAGUUCGCGACGGCGAAGAAAUCAAACGCGUCGUUGAUGAGCCUUUCUACAACCGAAUGUACCAGGAAUACAAGCAUACUGAAGAAAUCGUCAAAAUUAACCGAUCAGACGAUCUUAUCGUCACUUGCGACUACUCGACCAAGAACACUUGGGUUCGCGGUGGUCUCACUCAAGAAGAUGAGAUGUGCUACAUGUUCCUACUUUACUACCCGAGAAUCAAGGAGCUUAGUUUCUGCACUGAUAUGGCCAUGUUCGAAGGGGCAAUGGAAAACUUGGGAAUCGGUGAAGACGACUUUGUAUCAACCUACGGGCGGAUCGGACAUCCAGAUGAGCUCCAAAUCGAUGGUCAAAAUGCCCAACCAUGGUUGAACGAAAACAUGAUGUCGAUGAGUCCCGCGAAAGUAAAAGAAUAUGAAAAAUAUCUUCAAGACGCGGAGAAAAACCCUUUCUGCACUGGAAGCUGGGGAAAUGUCUUCUCUAUCGCCGAUCACAGGUCAAAUGAGUCAAAUGAAGGUGGAUAUGAGCCCAGAGCGGAACCAGAAGGGAAUGAAUAUGAUGAUCUAGAACCUUUCCCCGAGCCAGAACCAGAAGGAGGUGAACAUGGAGGUCAUAUGACAGACCUGAUGUUUGAUGCGAUCGGGUUCGAGCUUCUCCCACGACCUGAAAAUACCUGCUUAGUCAAUUUUGAGACCACAACUGCCGCACUAACUCAAGACUCGACUGAUGAAGAUAAGGUGCCCAAAGAGGAUUCAGGAUCAACAGAAAAGCCAGCUACGACAACUUCAUCAGCAAUAAAAACGGCGAUUCCGUUAUCAGUACUUUUUUUGCUAAUUGCCAUGUACUUUCUGUAA